AUGUUCACCGCAAGGAAGAAAAUCCAGAAGGAUAAGGGGUUGGAGCCAACCGAGUUCGAAGAUGUUGUUGCUCAGGUUAUUGUUCAGUUUAGAAUAACUCUCUUUAAUCUGGGUGUUCUUCGUUCGUUAUCUGUAACUUCUCAUGGCCAAACCGACGAAGAUUCUGAUUUUUUCUGUCUGUUGCACCAGGCACUGUUUGAUCUCGAGAACACUAACAACGAGCUGAAGAGCGAAUUGAAAGAUCUCUUCAUCAAUUCCGCACUGUACGUGCAAUUCUGUAUUCAUCACGUUCAUGAUUUCCUAUGCUUUUUUUAAUUAAUUGUUAAUGGUUAUCAUUUAUAUUUAUCGCAGUCAGGUUGAUGUUGCUGGGAGCAAGAAAGCCGUUGUUAUUCAUGUUCCUUUCAGAUUGAGGAAAGCUUUCCGCAAGAUUCAUGUGCGCCUUGUGAGAGAGCUUGAGAAGAAGUUCAGUGGCAAGGUACGGGAACCUGGUUCCAGCUUCUCAGUUGAUCCAGUAGACUAGAAAUGAUCAUAAUAAUCUGAUUGUGAGUGGUGCUUUCAUUGAACGAUUGCUCUCUCUCUCUCUCUCUCUCUCUCUCUCUCUCUCUCUCUCUCUCUCUCCCUCCCUCCCUCCCCUGCAGGAUGUCAUCUUCAUCGCCUCGCGGAGGAUUUUGAGGCCGCCAAAGAAAGGGUCAGCAGUCACACGUCCCCGCAACCGCACGCUGACUGCAGUCCAUGACGCCGUGUUGGAGGAUGUUGUGUACCCUGCGGAGAUCGUGGGCAAGCGUGAGAGAUACCGCCUUGAUGGCUCGAAGAUUAUCAAGGUGAGAAGCAUUAUCGGCUAUUAGUUCUUGAUUUUCUUCAUGCCCGCCGUCAAUGAGAACCUUUAGAUCCUCAAUGUAGUGCGCAUUAGAAUUGUUAGGUGAAGGCAUCGAUUUCCAUCACGACCCAUCAAAUUAACUUGAGAUGGCUUCCUUCAGUAUGAGAAUUGCGCUUGAGGAGGGUAGGACGAGCUGGGAGUUGACUUCAUUUUUUCUCUCCGUAUUUCGAUUCAAGUCCAUAAUCCUGUCAUCGACAAUGUCUUUGUUCUUAUGAUAUUGCCAGAGUAGAUGAUUUAUGACAGAAUGAUCGGUUGUGUUAAUGGCGAAUGCCCUUUCUCUCUCUAACAAUUUCCAACCCUCGUUCAUCUUUUUUUUUUCUUUUUUUUUGCCAGAUCCUGCUCGAUCCAAAGGAGAAGAACAACACCGAGUACAAGGUCGACACAUUCGGCGCCGUCUACCGCAAGCUCUCCGGCAAGGAUGUCGUGUUCGAGUACCCCAUCACCGAGGCCUGA